ACGGGGAGGCUGUGAGUGGAGAACUUCGUUGGUCAUCUCCUCUCCCUGAGGCCCUGGCAACAUUUUAGCCAUCUCCUUCCUGACGAUGUAAACUUGGGGCCUCUGCAUAUAGCCAUGGGAUGGUUGCUGCAGAGAAGAGCUGAACUUCACGGAGCAGCAUCUUGGGGAAAUGGGAGUCCAGAAGCCAGGUCCCUCCCUGUCACCAACCUUCCACCUGACUUCCUAGAAAGGAGACCCACAGGUCGUCCUGGUUUGUGGAGGCUUUCACUCUGCUGGACCCUCGAACACCCAGGCAUACAGAGCAGCCUCAUCACUCCUACCCAGCCCUUCACAGCUGGGAAGACCACGGUCCUAUCUCUAAGUGGCUCUCCCCACCAUAAAUUCCCUCCACUUCCUCUCUGACGCUCCUGCGACGUGAUCAAGAACCUGGUGGUACUGGACAGUCUGAUUUCGCUGCCUCUGGAUGCUUGGCAGGGUCUCAUCAGCCUUCCGCUUUCUCCCUUCGUCCUUUUAAAGCCUCGCUUGCACACAUUAAAUCUACUCUUACGUCUAAACGGAUGACUCUCCGGGGCUGCCCAGGACUGGGGAUUGAGGAUGACACUGUGUGCAGAUGCCUGGCCACAGCACCCCACAGAGUUGCCGUGGAGAGGGAAGCCAAUCACUGCUUCCAAGGUAGAGAAUGGAAGAGACCAUUCUAAGAGCACUGGCACUGGCACAAGUGACGUCACUGGCUCUAGAUGCCUUGGGGGCUCUGAGCUGUUCCAGAGAUUCAACCUUGGUGGCCAGCAGCUCCCAAGCCACUUGCACGUGGGUGGCAGCCUUGGGAAGCUGCUUUGCCGUCUGUAUCCAGCCUGCUUGGACACCUGCCCACCAUGGAGGCCCCAGAGGUUCCUGUGGGCUCCCUGAUUGACUUUGGGACUGAGCCACCCACGUCCCCUCCUGUGGAGGCAGCACCCUCAACAUUCCAGGACCUAGAUGGCUCCCUGGGCGAAGGCGCAUCAGAGAGUGAGACCACUGAGUCCGCAGACAGUGAGAACGACAUGGGCGAGUCGCCCUCACACCCGUCCUGGGACCAGGAGCGCCGCUCUUCUUCCAAUGAGUCCUUCUCCUCCAACCAGAGCGCUGAUUCGGCCCCAGAUGAGGAGACCCAGGCACUUCGAGAGUUCAUGCACAGCUACGUGGAGAAGAUCUUCUCUGGAGGGGAGGACUUGGACCAGGAGGAGAAAGCCAAGUUUGGGGAGUUCUGCAGCAGUGAGGGCGGGAAAGGCCGAGAGUGGUUUGCGCGGUACGUGAGUGCCCAGCGCUGCAAGUCCAAGUGUGUGUCUGAGCCGACCUUCUACCGCCUGGUGCAGUCCUUUGCAGUGGUGCUGUUUGAGUGCCACCAGAUGGACGAUUUCGGGCCUGCGAAGAACCUCAUGACCAUGUGCUUCACAUACUACCACCUUGGCAAGCCACACCUGCUCCCCAUGGAGCCCAGGGAGAAGCCGGCUGGCAGCAUUGACUCCUAUCUGAAGUCAGCCAACAGCUGGCUGGCGGAGAAGAAGGACAUUGCAGAGCGACUGCUGAAGAACACAGAGAACGUGAAGGGCUUCUUCGGGGGGCUGGAGACCAAGCUGAAGGGACCGCUGGUCAGGAAGAACGAGGACGAUGAGACCAGACCUAAGGACAAACAGAUGAAGACUGUGACGGUGGUCAGCCCCGAGGACGAACAGAAGGGGGAGAAGGUCUACCUGUACAUGCACCUGAGACAGCAGCCCAUCUGGCACACACUGAGGUUCUGGAAUGCCGCCUUUUUUGAUGCUGUCCACUGUGAGAGGCGGAAGCGAUCCCCCACCACCAGAGGGGAUGCUGGAGAGCAGGAGGAGAAGAGGGAGAAAUGGUACCACAUGACUCAGGAAGAGCGGGAUGACAGCCUGCGCUUCAAUGAGAACAUCACCUUUGGGCAGCUGGGCACGUUCACUCACAACAUGUUGGCCUUCGGCCUGAACAAGAAGCUGUGCAGUGAUUUCCUGAAGAAGCAGGCCGUGAUCGGGAACCUGGAUGAGGAGCAAUACAAGCUGCUAAGUGACCACAUCGAGCAAACGGCCACCGAAUAGGAGGUGGGUGCAUGCCACUCUUCUGGCAGCUGUCACCCCAACGAUGACCCUGCAUGACACCAGCAGCACCCAGAGCUGCUCCUGCUGCCCUAGAAGUAGUGGUUAGAAGACUCCAGAUGCCUGUCCCCCCCGCCUCUGUCUGCUCCUCCCAUCCACCUGCAAGGUGUCCCUUGGGUCACACAGCUAAAAAUGGGGAACCAUCUACCCCCCACACCCCCAGCACAAGGCAUUUGAGACGAUAUGAAGGGAGGAGGAGGGGAGCCAGGGUCCCCACGGUUCCUGCUGAGGCCUGAGGUGGCUAGGCGCAGAGGUACGGCAGGGAUUCACACAGCUGUGAGGGCCGAGCCAACAUCAGAGGCCAGGCAUAUAGCCACAGUGGCUACCCAGACCCUUGCCAUAGAACUGAGGCUCUUCUGUGAGUGAACUGCGUGGAGCACAGAACCUUCCAGAAUGGCAUUGGCUGUGUCCUUGUCUCCACCUUGUGAUCGGAACCAGAAGUCACUGGGACUGAAGGAAGAGAGCUGAAGGGUUAAGAGCACGCUUUCCUGGUUUGGCAAGGCAAGGCUUGUCACCAUGCUAGGGGUGUGAGCAUCCUGCCAGCAGAACAGAAUUGACGGUCUGCUCAGCACAGCCUCCUGUGGUGGCAGAGAAGUGGAAGGGAAGGCGGGAGCCUGGGGGAGAGGCUUCAGCAGCUUUGGGAUGACCUAACCCUAACCCUAACCCUAACCCUAACCCUCGCUGUGAGUGACUGGCGGGAGUCGGGAGGCUGCUCCAGAGAAGCUGCUGGGAGGCGCAGUUGCCUGGCAGCUCAAGUCCAUGCCCCUCUCCCUCCCUCUGAAGACCCAGGAGGACCUGUACCUCCGUCCCGAUGCCAGCAUGUUGCCUCCAUCCAUCCCGCCAGCGCCUAGGUUUCCUCACCUUGGCCAACAAUAUUCUGGUCACUAACCUUGAACUAGGCCAGCAGGCUCCCCUUCAUCCCCUCUGCCCCUCAGCCUUCAGUCAGAUUCAGUCAGUGUCUGUGAGCACAGCAGUCCUCUGCUGACAGCUGCGUACCUGGCUGGGGCGGGCAAGCCUUCCCUGUGGGAAGCUCCACCCCGGGGUGUCCAGGGAAGAGACUGGUAGGUUGAGCUAUGGAGCGUGUCUGCCCUGGAUGCUGGGGAGGAGUAUGCAUCACUGAACAAAUGCUGACAGCCAGGAGAGAGGUCUGGGGCGGCCUCUGGUGGCAUAGUGUGUGUGACUCGGGUGCGGCUAGCAGUACCACCAGAAGGUACAACCUGCUGUGGUGUGCAUGCCUGGGCUGGGGUUGGGGCAGACCGCCAUCUGGGAUGCCGUCCCGUCACUCCAGCACUAGGACCCCUCGACCGUGCCUGCCUCCGUGUUAUAGGGGAGUGACAUCAAACUGAUCGGUGUGGCCCCUUCCUCCAGUGCCCCCUCCGGAGAUCAUGUACCCCCUCUAGAGUCGUCCUCAGCCACGCAGGCUGGCACGGAGGCCUAUGUUCUCCUCAGUCCUGGCAUUGGCAUUAGGUCAGGAGUAGUAAGAGUUGACUCUAUGGUGGCCGAGAGGCUUACCGUUGUCUACCCACCACUCUUGUACAUCAGGGCCGGUAUGGUGUGACUUCUACUUUCUCCCGUGACACUGGCUGUGAACAGCCUUUGGGGGCAGGAGCUCUGAUGUUCCCAGGUUUUCUAAGCAGGUGAACUUCAGAAAUGACCUUGAUACAGUCCCAUACCGACCUCUCGAGAGAGCAGUUGAAAGAGGAAGAAGGGAUGGCUUCAUUUUGUCUCUUUCCUCAUCCCUUAUUCUGAAGAAUCCAGCUCCAUGGAGUUGAGUCUAGCUUGUCCUAGGCCCACGUGGCACUUCUAGGGACAUGGUAACCCUAUGGGGACAGGAUGGUCCUUGGGAUGCUAGCAAAACUGCAGUUUGGAGGUGGUCACCUGCAGAUGUAGACACCUGGUUUUAGUGAGAGUUUCACUUCUGGGAGCCCCUGGCCAGUGUCUCUAGGAGGAGACACAAUGUACCCAGAAGGCCAGCAGCCUACCCACUGAGACAUCCUGUUUUCCUGCAGCAGGGAACCCACUGGCCACCCUGCCAAGCUUGGGGAUGGCAAGCAUGGGUCAGGUAAUGCCCAAGCACAGUUCUGGCCCUGGGCAAAUGAUGACCCGGAUCCACAAGCCUUUUAGCAGCUCGCUCAGCUUUUGUACCACGUGGCCUUCAGGACUGUGUGAAUCAUUAUCACCCAAAAAUAGUGUGUGUUCUCACAGAUGAAAACAGGACAGUGGUGAGCUGCAGCUCUGCAGCGUUCCGCUUUGAUAGCGAUGUUGGUGGGUAUUGGAGGACGGCCACAGUGGCCUCCAGGCUGCCUUUGCGUCUAACCACAAGUGCAGAGUCAUAUUCUGGUGUAUCGAGGCAUCUGCACAGUUCAACGUGGGAGACCACAAUUUCCUGUUGCCUAAGGAAGGAAGGGGCUGAAGAGCCCAGCGUCGCAGCAGGACCAGGGACCAGUCUUUUCCAAGACCCAUCUGGGCCCAGUGGUGUACCUGUCAUCCCAGCACUCAGGAACUGGAAGCAGGAAGAUCAGGAGUUCAAGGUCAUCAUCUAUAUGGGGGUUUAAGCCAGCCUGGACUACAUGAGACUUUGUCUCAAGGAAACCAAUAAAGGGACACAGGCCGGCUUAGAGCAGGCUCAUAGCUUGAGAACUGGCCUGAUACACAAGGGGAGUCACAGCCUGCCUCACCUGAGAGGAAGCAGCAGGCCUUCUGUCCCUGGGGGCACUGUGGGACCCAUGGACAUGAUAGGAGGCUACAGGGUCAGCGCCCCACUCUAGAAACACCUGCCGCUCUAGGUUGCCAGUGGGAGGGACCCAGGCUUCACCUCAAAGGAGUGUGCAAAAGGCUUUGGUCUAAUUGGGGUGACCUCAGGUCAGGGUCAUAGGCUCAUGUCCAACUUUGACUUAACUGGGUCACUCUAACCAGUUGACUUUUCAUACAGAGAGGAAUCGGCUGGGCCUAGGCAAUUAGAACAGCUCUAUUCCAGUCCUCCAAACCACAGCAGGACAGGCUAUAGCCUAGUCCUUUGAUAGGAGCAGCAAGAGGCUUGGGAACGAGUACUUCAAAAGUAGAGGAAACCUUCUUGUGGAAGGGACCCUAAAGGGUGACACUGGCCCCAGCUUGGCCUCAGGGAAGGGUGGGAGAGCUGCUUAGCAGAGGGAGACCUUGGGCUCCAGGCUCCUGCCCCCGUUCCUCCACCUUCUGAGCCAGCCAACCCUACAGUGCCCUCCUUAAUGCCUAAGCUGCCUUGCCCAUCUGUCCUGCCAGUGGAGGUCCAGAGUCACAGAGCCCGCUCAUUGGAUAGGCCCCUAAGGGGGGUGGAGGUGAUGCUCAGGCCUCGGGUAGGCUGGGCUCCUUGCACUCAGGUGGGCCACCCACCUCAACAUGCCUCAACAUUGGGGUGUGCUGGUUGGUCAGGAAGCGAGGCGAUGAAGUAUUUCCCAGUGUUCGCGUGCGGCAAACAUCCUUGCUUAGCGUCAUGCUCCAUGGUGGGCUCUUGAGGAGCCCCUGCUCUGUCCUGGGUCUGCCUGUCGCCUGCUCCUCCUGGGGAGAUGAAGUCCAGGGGCUGGUGGGGGCCAGUGUGCCAUACUGCAGGGUGACUGAGGGCAGCUAUGACAGUGUCCUUGUGGCAGUCGGCCUAAGUCCUGAAGAACUACAGAGCUGGGAGCACCACCCCAAGCCAGGCUGUGGCCAUGUGAAGUUGGUGACCUGGGGGAAAGCUGACCCCAGUUUCACUGCAGACUCCAGACUGAUCUGCAGUGGGAUGGACACAGCUGCACCUCCAGGAACUUUGCACUUCAGCUAGAACGAAGGCCCCUACCUAUGGAGCCCCUCGGCUUUGAUCCAAAGCCCAGGCCAGCCCUGUCCCAUCGUUGCUCCUAGAUGAUGGGUACGUUCAUGAGGGAGACCUGGCCUGGGGAAGGAGGUUGGCCCACUGCAAGAGAUGGUAACUAAGGGUCAACUGGGGGGAUGAGCUCAGGCAGUGGCCUGAGACUUUCACUGCCAUCCAGGCCAGGGACACCGAGAGGGGUGAGACAUUUGACCAUUGAAAGAUAUUAGAGGCUCAGGCAGCAAGUGUGCAUCCCCUUGAAGUGUGGGGUACAUGGGCCAUGUGCCCUGUGUUUCGAACACAGCUUUCUGUGGGGUCUAUA